AUGGAUAGCUUUCAUGGGAUUGGUACCAAUUCGGAGACAUUUAAGCAGCAAACUGCUGCAAUUCGAUAUGAGCUCGGCGAUGGCCAUACCUAUGACUUUGUCGACGGAACAUUGCCUUGGGAAAUGGAUAAAGAUAUAAAGGAGUUCAUGCUUUCCGACGAGAACACAUUUACCUAUUACACGCCAACCAGACCAGAGACUUGUUUCAGUGCUUUCAAUAAUCUUGAGCAUUAUUUGGAAGCCGAAGGUCCCUACGAUGGUGUCAUGGGGUUCAGUUUGGGGGCCGCGUUUGUGAUGUCGUGGAUGAUCAACAGAAUUCAAAAGCAGAAAGGCAACAAAUUUGCGCAGCUGCCUUUCAAAGUUGGAAUUUUCUUUUCUAAUGGCGGUCCACUUCUGGAUUGCAAUGAUUCAAGUGGACAAUCUGUUCUUCCUUUCGAUCCUAUCGCUAUUGAUGGAAUUCUUGAUAUACCGACAGCCCACAUUUGGGGCAGGUGUGAUCCAGAGAAAGGAAAUGCUGAGUUCGCAAUCCGGGCAUGUAAUCAGGAUACUAGAUCCGUGUUUGUUCAUGAGAGGGGCCACGAAGUUCCCAAGUCUGCAGAAAAUGUCAUCUCUGCGGCCAAGGUUAUUAACAGGGCUAUUGCGCGGGCUCAGGGCUUUAAUUGA